AUGCCAACCUACUCAAGAUUUCUUAAGGAAAUCUUGAGUGGGAAGCGGGAUUGCGACGUAAGGGAGACGGUGAACCUCACCGAAAAUUGUAGUGCUAUUAUUCUUAACCAAAUGCCACCCAAACUUAAAGACCCGGGUAGUUUCUCUAUCUCUUGUGCUAUUAAGAAGCUUGAAAUAAGCAAUGCCUUGUGUGAUUUGGGUUAUAGUGUUAGUUUAAUGCCUUAUUCGGUGUUCGCCAAGCUUGAAGUUGGUGAUCUUGUCUCAACCAACAUUACAUUGCAACUUGCCGACCGUUCGGUCAAAUACCCUCUUGGCAAGAUUGAGAAUGUACCCUUGAGAUUUGGUGGAUUUGUGAUCCCUGUAGAUUUUGUGUUCCUAGACAUAGAUGAGGACUUGCAUGUCCCCAUUAUUCUUGGUCGACCUUUUUGA